AUGUCCACAAUCAGACUAGGCGCCGCUGUGAACGUUCGCGAGUUCCAGACCCUCCUGAACUCAUUGACCACUCCUCGCGAACAUGGAGUAGAUUCAGAAGCGCUACAGGAUGAAUUUGGAAGAUUCAGGGUCUGGAGUGGCAAUCUAGGGGUAUUGCAGAAGGGCCACAGCUCUUUGGACUAUCGAUUGCGCGAUGCACCGUUGCUCUCGGAUGAGGUGACGAAGUUGCUAAAAGAACUGCAAGAAAAUCUGCAUGCAGCACAUGAAAUCGUCACUGGUGUUCGUCUUCCAUACGAGCAGCAACCGCGUCCAGCGAAUUUCGGAGAGCAUGAUGAAGAUGAUUCCUUUUUCAGUGAUGAGGAGGACGAGGGGAGCGAUCCAGGUGUACCCAGAACCGAAAUAGGCAUGCGUUUCCAGGAAAUUGUCGACAUUAUAGAUAACCUCUACAAAAUCUCGGUCAGGAUCCGCGCGCCAACUAUUCGCACCAGGUCACUCAAAGCAGCUUCCUACCAACCCAAAGAUCCUGAGACUGGGGUCGAUCUACUCGGCCAAUACGCAGUGUUUGAUGCUCAACAUACGCAAGAGCUCGUGAGGCAUCUCAGGGUGCCGCAUGCCUCGGCUGGUGUAUCUACGGAGCAAAACGACGAACUAGUAAAUCGUCUUGCACGAGCUGUCACACUCCGUAGGAGACAGUUCAAAUAUUGGAGACGUCAUAGAGACAAAUUGGGCAUCUCAACAGUCCAAGAAGAGCCAGAAGCACUAGCAGCAACCCAGCGACCAGACGCCCCUCACCGGCACGAUACCCUUGAAGCACAGCCCGGAACACUAGGCAUCAAUGCGCUGCCUAAGAUGGCAUCGAGUCAGAAAACUGGUAGAACACUUCUCUCUGGUACAGAAGCGACUCAUCAUCAUCAGUCCUUGGACGACAUUGUGGAUUCCAAAUCUGUAACCAGUUAUGCUGUCACUGUUAAGGAUCUUACGGGCAAGGGAAUUGACCUGCCCCCGCCACCAAAAGCAGCAGAUGGCGAUAAGGAUUUUGAAUGCCCGUACUGCUUCGUCAUUUGUCCCGCAAGAUAUGGCAAGGGGCGAUCGUGGAGAACGCAUGUUCUGCAGGACUUACAGCCAUAUGUCUGCACGUAUUUCGAGUGUCAGACAUCUGAUCAGCUCUAUAGAAGCCGCCGGGAUUGGGUCGAACACGAAAGCAGCCAUCGCAAAGCGUGGAGGUGCCCGGAACAUCCAGACGCGGUGUACAAGUCUCAAACUGGCUUUGAAGAGCAUCUGAAAAACGAACAUGGAGACAGUAUUCCUGAAGGCCAGAUACCCAGUAUUGUCAAGGUCGGCGAGACGUCUACCGUCGACCUGCGUCAAACGUGUCCGAUUUGCUGUGCUCCUGUGGAUGUGAAGGGUAUGGGCACUUUGCAGAGCCACAUUGCGAACCACCUCGAGAGGGUAGCGGCAUUUUCGCUACCUACUGACAUUGACGAUGAUUCAGAUGGCGGCAGUUCGCGGGCUUCUCGUGGAGGUACUGAUAGCUCGGCGACCACUACUGCCAGUCGGUCUUCAGUAGACAGCGAUUACAGUGGUGACAGCGACAAACUAGAGGCCGGGGUAGACUCAUUGCCAGAUACUGGUGCCCUGGCAUUGUCUGCUGCUAUGGAUCAGCCAUCGCAAGAGCUUACUGCCCACGGAGGAGUGCUGUCAGAGUCGCUCAUCCGAGCGCUUCCCGAUGACAGUGGACAAAGAUUAGAUCUACUGUUCUCGAACCAGAGAGUGAAUGCUAGUGAGGAUUCAGAAGAGGAAGAGGAGGAAGAUAGCCUCGAAGAGACUGCAUCAGCUAUUGAGGAGCACAUGGCUGAAAGAGAGGCCUUCCGAAUGUAUCUGCUGUCAUUAGCAGGUGCUCAGUCCGUUCGAUUCUACAGACGGUACGGGUCAUGGAACGGAAACGUCAAUUUCCGAGAUGGGGGGUUUGCCGCCAGGGCAAUGCAAACGUUCGAUAAGGAGCGAUACCCUAGGGUCAGGCUUCGUCAGAAGGACGCCAAGAAGGAGACUUUAAAAUUUAGCGUCCUUAAUCACGAGGUGUUCAAGGUGGCAAGGGACCACCCGCUUUAUGCGCAAGAACCGGAUGCUGCUGGACUAUACCACUGCCCGGGUGAGGGCAAGCCUGGGUGCAGCCAUAAACCGACUUCUCUGAAAUCUACUUAUGAGUGA